AUGUCUAAUGCUAUAAUACCAAUUGAUACUUCUUCUAUUUCCUCAACAAACAUGUCUGAAUCUUAUUGGGAUACUCAGCGUCGUUUGGCAAUGGAAAAAAAGUUUGGAGAUAUUGUCGGAUAUGUUCUUGGAGCUGCAGUCGGUUUCUUCAUCACGGGACUUUCUUUUUACACAGUAUAUCAUUUGUGGAAAAAGGAGCCCGUGAUUGGUCUUAUAAUUUUGAUAUUUGUUAUCGCUUUAAUAAUGUGCGGAAUGGCUAUUCGCUUUUCGGUUAUGACUAUUCAAGUUCUUAUUGAGAAGUGGCAUCAUCAGUAUCACCUUCCAGAACCUAUCAAAUAUAACAGUUUGUCUCGUUCUGCAAAUAACAAAUGGUGGUCGUCAAAUCGAUAUAUUCACAAGUUAAAGAUGAUGAGUGGAGUUUCCAUCCAAGAAAACCAUCAGUUAAAUAUUUAA